AUGAACCAAGAGAUGUUAGAGUCAACUGAAGAGGUUUCGUCCGACCUUGCGCAUGCGGAUGCAUUUGGUUCUCCGGAGCAGUUCGGGGAGGUCUUGCACCAUCUAAUGGAAUCAGAAGCACGGGCCACCGCCUUCGCAAAGCGGAAAAAGCAGCUUCAGAAUGCACAAUCUGUCAAGAAGACCUCUCUCAAGUUGGAAAAACAGUUGUUCAGCUCCCAUGUCAUCCAUCACAUCUUUUUCACCGAGACUGCAUUCAACCCUGGAUAG